CCGCCGCCGCCGCCGCCGCCGCCGCCGCUCCCCGGUGAGGCUCGCGCUCGAGCUGCGGCGCCGGCCCCGCCGCCUGGGCCCCGGGCCCGGCCCCUCCCGCGCCGCCCGGGCGAUGAGAAGCUGCUUCUGCGUGAGACGGAGCCGGGACCCGCCGCCGCCGCAGCCGCCGCCGCCCCAGCGGGUAACAGACCAAUCCACCAUGCCUGAAGUCAAAGACCUUUCAGAAGCUUUGCCAGAGACGUCGAUGGAUCCCAUCACGGGAGUGGGGGUGGUGGCUUCUCGGAACCGAGCCCCAACAGGCUACGAUGUAGUUGCACAGACGGCAGAUGGCGUGGACGCUGACCUCUGGAAAGACGGCUUAUUUAAAUCCAAGGUUACCAGAUACCUGUGUUUCACGAGAUCAUUUUCCAAAGAAAAUAGUCAUUUAGGGAACGUGUUAGUGGAUAUGAAGCUCAUUGACAUCAAGGACACUCUGCCUGUAGGCUUCAUCCCAAUUCAGGAGACGGUGGACACACAGGAAUUGGCUUUUAGAAAAAAGAGGCUGUGCAUUAAAUUUAUCCCACGGGAUUCAACUGAAGCUGCAAUUUGUGACAUUCGGAUCAUGGGCCGGACCAAGCAGGCCCCUCCUCAGUACACGUUUAUUGGGGAACUGAACAGCAUGGGGAUCUGGUAUCGAAUGGGCAAAGUACCGAGGAAUCAUGAUUCAUCUCAACCCACAACACCUUCCCAGUCAUCAGCUGCUUCCACCCCAGCCCCCAACCUCCCCAGGCACAUCUCACUAACGCUCCCUGCUACCUUCCGAGGGAGGAACAGCACUCGGGCCGACUAUGAGUACCAGCACUCCAAUCUGUAUGCCAUAUCAGCAAUGGAUGGUGUGCCUUUCAUGAUUUCAGAGAAGUUUUCUUGCGUUCCAGAAAGUAUGCAGCCCUUUGAUCUCUUGGGAAUCACCAUCAAAUCUCUGGCAGAAAUUGAAAAAGAGUAUGAAUACAGCUUCCGCACGGAGCAGAGCGCUGCGGCCCGGCUCCCGCCCAGCCCCACUCGGUGUCAGCAGAUCCCCCAGUCCUGAGGGGCCGGCCGCCACCCUGGCCCCGUGGGGAGAAGACGCGGCUGCCCAGACUACGGAGCGCCCCUCCCUCGCCCAGGCCCUCCUGCCCGCCCACCGCGGGGCUCAUCCGGGAGACCCUGGGCAGCUGGGCUGUGGCCUCCGCUUGCCUGACGGGACAGCCCCGCCUCCCUGGCGACACUCUUCAUAAUCUGGACUAAUCUGUGUGUGUUGUAGUGACCGGCGGCUCCCAACGUGUCUGUGUGACGACCAGCCCUCCCACGAACAGCCCCACCCCCGCGGGAGUCACCCCUGAGGGCCCCGCACACCGGCUGGAGCCGCCCCGUGACGCCUUGGGCCCCCUUUCCUCCCGACUGUUGGCUGCCACGACGCUAUCCGGCUCCUUCUGGAAGCCCCGGGGUGGGGGGCAGCUGUACAAAGCCCCCUCCGGCCUCACCGCGGGCCCCAGACGCGGGGCUGCCGUGGAACAAGUCCCUCCCGCCAACAGCAGCAAGCGCCCUGCGCAUUUCACGCAACGCGGAGGACGCACGGGAGGAAGAAGCCCGUCGUCCCCAAGUGGCCCCGAGCCUGGGUCCCUGCCCCGUGGUGGCCCCACUGAGGUGGGGGAACAGCCGCCUGGCUGCCCACACAGGGGACUUGGCUUCUGGGCGAGAAGGCGGAGGGACCUGGUGCUUGCUCGGAGGCGAGUCUCGCUGCCCAGGACACUGUGCUCACCCCCCACGCCCCCCGUUCCUCCCAAAGGGCUCAUCUCUGCAAUGCCCACGUGCCAACUGCCACGCCAGCCGCCUCAGCCCAGGGACGGGCCCGCCGCGGGUGAGGAGCCGCUCAGCCAGUGCCCAGCCCCAGAGGGACGCGGGGCCGGGGUCAGCCCGCUCCUCAGAGCCCGGCUGCAUCGUGAUGCGCUCCGCAAACAGCAACAGUUGUUUCAGGAAGUCCACGUGAGCCAGGCCACCGAACUGGGGCCAGCGUGGACACGUGUGCCACGACCAGCCAGUGGACGCACAGGCACUUCUCACCGUGCCGGCUGCCGCCAUCCCUGGGGACUCGGGCCCUCCCCCCCAGUGGCCUGCCUGGUCUAGCUCUCAGGAUUGGUCCUGAAUUAGUUCCACAGAAUGUUGGUCUCUCCCCUCUUGGGGGUCCCCAGAUGGUGGGAGCUUUGGACAUGUGUCUGGAGGCUGGGGGGGGCGGCAUGGAGAGCGGGAAGGGUCCCUCACCACGAAGGGAGCCCAGGAGAGCCAUGGCCGGGGAUGGACCCCACCUCCCUGGGGCUCCUGGGAUGGCUUGUGGUGGCCGGGGCACAACAGGCCAGCACCGUGAGGAGGGUGGCCGCUGGCUAAGAAGUAGGGCGGACAAAAAUACCUCAUGUACCUUUAUGGGCCCCACCAUCUCCAGCAGCUCCACCCGCCCCCCUGGGUCGCCCGUGGAUCAUUCGAUACCUCCUGAUCUCUGUGCAUUAGGGAAGUGGUCGCCUCUCCCUGCCUGCGCCCGGACCUGAGGACAUCCCUGGUGGGGCCGGCCUUUCUGGGCCUCCCACACAGCAGAGUGGCAGGAAAAUGCAGAUAGUGGGUGGAACCCCCAGGGGGCCACAGGCUGGAGCCAGCAGUCCGUCGGAGGACCCUUGGGGAUUGGUGCUUAACCAGGAGAGGAGAGAGCUCUUGAACUGGUCUCAGAUGUCCCCACUGAAAUUAGCUAGUCGUCCUUCUGGGCAUUGGAGCCCCGUGGGGCCCAGAGGACCCGGGUCUGCUGCUGCUUUUUGGAUGGGUGGCUGGUCCAGAACCAAGUGACCCGUGUGACCUGAAGCCCAACCGAGAGGGGCAACUGAUUACUCCUCUUCACUUGGUCACAGCCUGUGAGAUGGUCACCUGACAGCGCCUGGUGGCCCUGGUCUGACAACCGGGCAUUUUAGCAGAGAGGUCCAGAGACGUGCGCGCAGGAGCCCGAGUCCAGGCGCACGAAGGCGGAGCCAGGCCGGGAGGGUGGCUAUCCGGAGAGGAGGAGGGGGGCGCGACCUCCCGAGCCCCCAGGCCGUCCUGCAGAUAGGGGACGGACCCAGAGCGAGGCCGGGCGGGGGGCCGCCAGGAAGAGGGCUGAGCGGCUGGGCUUGGACAGGCUGUGCCACCUCCACCACCUCGUAGACAGAAGCCACGUGUGACAGUGACCGUUUGUACCCCUGAGCCCCCCUUAGACAAGUUAGACAGUGACCGGGGUAGAUUGCAGGCUUGCCCUCUUUCCUGGCCUUCUGAGAGGUGGGGGGGCAAGCGAGCGUGUGACAGUAGGCUGGGGGGGAGGGGCGCAUGGGGGCGCGUGCAGACCGCAGGAGAGCCUGGACCCCUGGCUCGUGCCUGGGAGCGUUUCUGCACCAGCCUGGCCCUCGGCCCCCCAGCACGCCCUGCUGCCGUCCCCCCUCAGAAAGACUAACCAGAGCACAGCUUCCCUGUUGUCUUUCCUCUUCCCUCUGAAAAUUCAGUCUCCCUCCAAAGCCCUUGGGAAUGGCACAAAGGUAACAAGGAGUAAGUCGUUGGCUUCAUGGCCACUCACAAAUUUGUUUCAAGGCUUUUUCCCCACCCCGAGUCCAGGAACUAAUCCGGGCCAUGACCCUCUUCCGCUUGGGGGGCUGGGAGCCCCGGUGGCGACGUGCCCCAGCCGCCUCCCUCGCUGGAAGUCCGGACUGCCGCCCCCAACACUCCCCUGCCCCGUGUCCUGCGGGACACCCUCCCGGGGCAGGAGACAGCAAGGACUCACCCGCAUCGAAGCCCCUGCUCCUUGCCAGGCCCUAGGCCGGCACUUUAAGCACAUUUUCUCCUGUUGUUCCCCUUAAAAACACACACACCCAGAAGCGGAUGUCCGUUGCUCCUUGGGGCAGUGGAGGCCCGUCUGCGGGCACGGAGCGGGCACGGGGCAGAGCCGGAAUCUGGAGCCGAGUCUCGUCUCGCAGCCGCCCCGUCACAAGCACAGGUCCAGUAAAGACUUCCCAGCGCCACCAGCCACGCUGGUUCUAGCAUGAUCGGCCACUGCUGCAUGGCGCCAUGGUGCUCAGCGUGGGGCAGGAGCCCACCUGCCCACUCGCUCCACCCCGGCCAGGGCCCCCCCGGACACCCGGGAGCCUGAGGGCCAAGCAGGUGCAUGCCUGUGGGGGCCAGAAGCCGAGCUCGUUUGACUCGGUUCACCGUCCGCCGUGCCCUCGGGCCAUGGAGGGGGUGGCCAGGCCCCCACCCCACCCAAGCAGCCUGGCACCCCUGGGUCGGCCCCUCUUUCUUCGCCCCUUGUGAAUGCGGCCCGGGAGCGGCCGUCGCCCCCCGUUCUCCCGGCAGAAGGCGUGGGAGCUGCCCUGGGGCCGCCCGCUGUGCACUUGCCCUAGGAACAAUGUCCUUACCGUAUUUAUUUGAGGUGACUCUUGUAUUUGGCAAAGGGAAGUUCACUGUGUGAUUGUCUGUCUUAAUAUAAUUUGUUAAAUAAACGUUUGUUUUAACCUUU